UAGCCUAACCCUAAGCUUCACUACAAAACCCAAUCUCUUCGUACAUCAAAGGGUUAUUCAACGGCGUCAGUCUUCUCUGCUAUUUCUGUUCGAUUCUCCGCCGGCGACAAUGGUGAACGUUCCUAAGACAAAGAAGACUUACUGCAAGUCGAAGGAGUGCAAGAAGCACACCUUGCAUAAGGUUACGCAAUACAAGAAGGGGAAAGAUAGCUUAGCUGCUCAAGGAAAGCGUCGUUAUGAUCGCAAGCAGUCAGGUUAUGGUGGACAAACAAAGCCCGUCUUUCACAAAAAGGCAAAGACCACAAAGAAGAUUGUCUUGAGAUUGCAAUGCCAAGGUUGCAAACAUGUGUCGCAACACCCAAUCAAGAGGUGUAAGCAUUUUGAGAUUGGCGGAGACAAGAAAGGAAAAGGAACCUCUCUUUUCUAGAUUGCUUGUGAAGCAGAAUUUGAUCUUUCUCUUCUGUUCUAUUCACUGUUCAGAUAUUUUUGUUAUAUUGAAUGUAGUCAAGGAGUUUAUGUUAUCAAUUCACGAUUAAUUAUGUGCUCAAUCAGUGAUAUUAUCAGGAGAUGAAAUGAAUAUUUCAAGUUUUUGAUUUAGCA